CAAAGCCUCGGAGGCGGAAGCGGCUUUUGGGCUGUUCUGGUCUUCACCGCCCAUUUUACAGCCGUUUCUCCCCAAGAGCCGAGCAUGGAGCAGGAGCAGAGAAGGCCUUCUAGGUGCCUGCCGCCCAGGCUUCAGGAAUCAGUGACUUUCAAGGACGUGGCCGUGAACUUCACCCAGGAGGAGUGGCAGGAGCUGGAUGCUUCCCAGAGGGAUCUCUACUGGGAGGUGAUGCUGGAGAACUAUGAGAACCUUGUCUUCCUCGGCCUUCCAGCUUCCAAACCGGACAUGCUAUCUCAUUUGGAGAGGGGAGGGGCCCCAUGGAUGCUGGAGGGAGAAUUCCCAGGAGACCUCUUCCCAGAUUCACUUAGUUUGGAGAUUAGGUGUGAAACCAAGGACUCAGCAACAAAUCAGGGUGAUUGUACAGGGGUGUCCUCUAAGAAGAAAUUCACAAAGGAUGGUCCUUGGGAUUUCAAGAUAGAAGAAGCUUGGGAAUUUGAUGUCAGGUUAGAGAAGCAUAAGGACAUGGGGGAGAAACAAUCCAGACAAGUAACGGUUUCUGACAGAGAAUCUUCUAAGGUGAAUGCCCAUGAAUGUAAAAUAUUUGGGGAAAGUUUCAGUCUGGGUUCAUUCUUCGUACCACAAGAAGUACUUCCUACAGAAAUGAAUCAAGGUAAGCUCUUCACACAGUUUUCAGACCUAAGGAAUCAUAACGUAACAUCCUUAGGGAAGAACUUUUCUAAGCACAGUAAAUACAGGAAGCCCUUCAGUUACCAUCCAGAUCUUAUCGAAUUCUAUACAGUACACCCUGGAGACCAACCAUAUGUAUGUAAAGAAUGUGGGAAAACCUUCAGCCACAGGGGAAACCUUAACAAACAUCAGAGAGUUCAUACUGGAGAGAAACCUUUUGAGUGUAUUGAAUGUGGAGAUACCUUUAGCCAGAGGAGAAACCUGAAUGCACAUCAGAGAAUUCAUACUGGUGAGAAACCACAUGAAUGCAAUGAAUGUGGGAAAGCCUUCACCCAAAGAUCACAUCUUACUCAACAUCAGAGAAAGCAUAAUGGAAAGAAACCCUAUAAAUGCAAUGAAUGUGGGAAAGCCUUCAACCACAAGGGAAACCUUAAUAGACAUCAGAGCAUUCAUACUGGAGAGAAACCCUUCGAAUGUAAUGACUGUGGGAAAGCCUUCACCCAGAGAAGAGACCUGAAUGCACAUCAAAGAAUUCAUACUGGAGAGAAACCCUUUGAAUGCACUGAGUGUGGGAAAGCCUUCAACCUCCGGGGAAGCCUUAAUCAGCACCAGAGAAUCCAUACAGGAGAGAAACCCUUUCAAUGUAGUGAAUGUGGGAAAGCCUUCAGACAGAGGGGAUAUCUUAUUUAUCAUAAGAGAAUUCAUACUGGAGAGAAACCAUUUAAAUGCAAUGAAUGUGGGAAAGCCUUUAGACAGAGGGGGAACCUUAGUGAACACAAGAGAAUCCAUACGGGAGAGAAACCCUUUGAAUGUAAUCUUUGUGGGAAAGCCUUCCGAAAUGCCUUAUGCCUUACUCAGCAUCACAGAAGUCAUACUGGAGAGAAACCCUUUGCUUGCAAUGAGUGUGGGAAAGCCUUCAACCAUAGGAGAAACCUUAAUAGACAUCAGAGCAUUCAUACUGGAGAGAAAACUUUUGAAUGCAAUGAAUGUGGGAAAGCUUUCAGCCAGAGAGGAGACCUCAAUGCACAUCAGAGAAUUCAUACUGGAGUGAAACCCUUUGCAUGUAAUGACUGUGGAAAAACCUUCAACCACAGGGGAAACCUUAAUGUACACCAGAGAAUUCAUACUGGAGAAAAGCCCUUUGAAUGUAAUGAAUGUGGGAAAGCUUUCAGCCAAAGGGGAAGCCGUAACCAACACCAGAUAAUUCACACUAGAGAGAAACUCUUUUGAGUGCAAUGAGAACUCGUCAUGGAGAAAACAUCGAGGUAAUGAAUUGGGGAAAGACUUCAUUUGAAGCCUUAGGAGGCAUCAAGUAAUUCAUAUGAAUAAGAAGCUUUAUGAAUGUAACGAUCUUUGGAAAAACUAUAGGAUAUUUUGCCCCUCAUCAAACACCAGAGACUCCAUAAUGUGAACCAACAGUGGGGAUGUACUAGUGUGGCUUCUACUUGAUAAAGAGCUAUUGCUCUCUGUUUUCUCUCUUAUGAUUUGGGUCUCAAGACCAUUUUUGUCUCAGCAUGUAUUUGGUAAGAUGCUUCUCUUUUCAUUUUUGUAAAUAAUUUAUGUAAUAUGGAGCCUAAUUGUUCUUUAAAUAUUUGAGAGAAUUCACUUGUUUGUGUACCUGGUGUUGCUCCUGUCCCUCCUCACCCCCACCUUGGGAGUUCGUUUGUGGUUUAUUCAAAUUCUGCUUCGGAGAUAAAAUCUUUUUAGGCUCUCAACAUCUUGUUCUGUUAAUCUGGGUAUUUUAUAUUUUUGGUAAAUAUUAAUUUCCUAGAAGUUUUCAGGUUUUUGUCAUGUAAUUGGAUAUAAUAGUUUCUGAAAAUGCAUUUUAGUUGUUGUGAAUUCCUCCUGAUCAUUUAAAAAAAUUUGUAAUGUGGUUUUUCUCUUUUUCUUAUCAGUUUAGCUAUGGUUUCUCUGUUUUAUUCAUUUUUUAAAAAUUCACUAUUAUUUAUUAUCUCAAUAGUUUUUAUUUGCAGUUUUAUUUAUUCUUCUGUUUUUAGAACUUCUGUUUUUGUGUUCAUAUAAGGAUUUUUACUUUGUACUUUUGCUUAAGUACAGGGCUAACUGAGUCACUCCUGUAAUCAGUGAGGCCCAGGGGCUUUCUGUUGCCUCUGGGAUCAAAUCUGAGUUCCUCUGGCCUGCCUUCCCACCUUUUUGGUCACUCCCCUUCCCACAUGGCCACCAGCUUGUUCCUUCUUCACAGCUCCUUCCCUCCUUUAUUUGUGCCUUUCCCCCCUUCCCAGAAGGUGCUCCUACUUUGCCAUUGCCUCUGCCUUGUAGGAGACUCUACUUCCUUCCAAAGUGCUCCACACAUGUCACUACUUGAAGCCUUUCCUGAUCACCUCAGUCACUGAGGCUCUCUCCCUCUCCCAUGUGCUC